GGAGCAUCCUGGCCGUGGUGGCGAUGCCGGGCACGGUCGGCCAGCGGGCACCGUGCUACGAGUGCGAGAUGUACAAGGAAUCGCACCCUCAUUCUCACCCUUACACAGUGAUCCGGAGUCACUGCGUGUACCCGUGUGAGUGCGGCUCCGUGCCAGACUGCCCGCCCGGCGUGCCCGUCAUCAUGGACGGCUGCGGGUGCUGCUGGCAGUGCGCGCGACAGGAGGGCGAGUCGUGCAACGGGGCGACGCUGUGUGACGCCUCCCGCAGCCUCACCUGCCUCUACAACAGCACCGCGGACCCCACCGGCACUUGCCAAGAGGUGCGUCCAGCGAGAUGUUUCGUUAACAACAGAACCUUUGAUGACGGCGAAUCCUUCACCCUCGACUGCCGUACCCAGUGCACUUGCAAGAACGGCACCUACGCCUGCGCUUCCCUGUGUCCGGGCGAGAGUCUGCCCCCGAGCGCCCAGUGCCACCACCCGCGCCUCGUCAAAGUGCCAGGCCAGUGCUGCAGAGAGUGGAUGUGCGACAGGGUGCCAGGUAAGCUCGUGGUGGCACCUGACUGUGGCCGAGUGUCAGGAAGGUGGUCGGCUUGUUCCCAGACGUGCGGUGCUGGCGUGUCCGUGCGCUGGUCUACAGAUAAGGUCAGCUGUCAGCCAGUAAACGAGACUCGCCUGUGUCAGCUGAGGCCGUGUCAGGACAAUCAGCGGCUUUGGGACGGAGAAGAGAGCAGGAAAAGACAACAGUCUAGAAAGCAUCACAUUAGGCGCGGCCACGUGUGCAAGGCGACCCAGCGGCGGCCUCGCGCACUCCGGCUGCAGUCCGGCGCAUGCGUGAGUGUGCGUCGCUACCGGCCCAAGGUGUGCGGCGCCUGCAAGAAUCGCUGCUGCACUGUCUUCACGGCGACAACCAUCGCGGUCCCCUUCUACUGCCCCGUCCCCAAGAACGAGACGUCUUCCGGCGCUCGUAGCCAUCGAACUACCUCGACGACAACGACGACGACGACGACCGCCACCCCCAGCGUGUACGACAUGAUGGACGAGGGGCAGCCCGUGCUGGACGUGGUGGUGAGCUACGACCCGCAAGGUCCGGCGCAGUACCGGGACGGGCACUACUGGGGGGCCAGCUACAGCGGGGAGAGAUACCGGAGUGGAAAAGAUGAUCGCCGGGCUGAUAACUACCGCAGGCUCAGUUAUCGCGUUGGGGAUUACACGGAUGAUAACUACCACGCAAAGAACCUAGACGAGCGAGACGACGACCGCUCCGCCACGGGCAGCAGAGAUCCUCGCGAUUCCGAAGAAGACCAGCCGCUCCCCGUCGCUCAGCACGACCUCACGCUGGAGGACCAGGCGGAAGAGGAUCUCGCGUGGGCGCGGGUGCUAAGAACCCCCCACGAGAAAGUGUCGAAGCAGGUGGAAUGGAUCAUGAGGUGCAAGUGCAGUCGCAGCUGCGAGGCGCCCCCGACCGCUCCUGUCGCCGAGGAGGACCACCGGACGGCCGCCCGGAGGAUCCCACGAGCGCACUCGGCCGACCCCCCGACGUAACACUGCUGGGACAUCGAAAACAUAGAUGUUGUCGUAUUUGUAUAUAGCUCUGUGUAGACCUUUCCAGACAAACAAAUGUGUGGGCAGUGUGCUAGCGGCGCGGAAUCCGGUCGAUGUACGUGACUUGUGUAUUCAGAGAGGGAGUGUACCUGUGUGCACAUAGUUUAGGAGUUGAUUACUUCGCAAAUAACCGGAAGUAAUGCACACAGACGUUAUUUAUUAGUUGUUAUCAUACCCAUUAUUUAUUUUCUGGUGCAAACUAAAUUGGCGAAAUAGCAAACAAGAGAAAAAAUGUAGCGUUUGUAAACUUCUCAAGGCGCACAAAAGAGAGUGCUCAUUAGCAUUCAGUACCUGUUUGUAUAUAAUAAAAUGAGGUUGAGCC